AUGUUCGUGCGGGGAAUCUUCAGCGUCCCACCGUCCACGUUCGAGUGCUUAGACAGAGAAUCCUAUCGGAAGCGUCAGCAGCUGUACGAAGACAUCAUCACCGAAUUCCGCGACAACAAGAAGGUGGACGCUGACGAUUUGGCGUGCAGCCUCUCGGAGCGACUCAGCCGCGAGUUUUCGGUUUCUGUUGAAGACGACAGUGACCUGGAGGUAGCGCAGUUGCUUGUAGAUCUGCACGAACAGACUAGCCGCGGCUGCUUCGAUUUGGCUGCAAUGGUGCAGCAACAGCAACAGCAGCGAGCCGCAGCUGCUGCGCAGAGCGACUGCAACAUGAGCGAUUGUAGCGAGGAAGCCCUCGAGACCUUGAUGUCAUCUGUGGAUAUCGGGGGGAGUUCAGAAGGGGGCAUUGCUUCGCGCACACGAUCGCGUCUAGCAGCAGCAGCGGCGGCGGCAGCAGCGCAAGGCGAAGCACAAAGAGAGCAGGAGCAGCAGCAGGAUGCUGACGGGUGGACUACUGUGCCUGCAGGGGGCCGCAGCAGGAGACCCCGUUGA